AGACGGUUGUGGGAGCCUGUGUCGCCUUCCGCUGCCAUGUCGGGCACCGGGCGCUGAGGGACCCUUGGGCCCGGUGGGCGGAAUGGAGAAUCGGGAUGUGCCUCCCGGCCCUUAUCGGGCCACCAAGCUGUGGAAUGAAAUUACCACAUCUUUUCGAGUGGGAAUGCCCCUAAGAAAACAUAGGCAACACUUCAAAAAAUAUGGCAACUGUUUUACAGCAGGAGAAGCAGUGGACUGGCUUUAUGACCUGUUAAGAACUAAUAGCAAUUUUGGUCCUGAAGUUACAAGGCAACAGACUAUCCAGCUCUUGAGAAAAUUUCUUAAGAAUCAUGUAAUUGAAGAUAUCAAAGGCAAAUGGGGGACGGAAAAUCUUGAUGACAACAGUCAGCUAUUCAGAUUUCCUUCAAGUUCUCCACUUAAAACUCUUCCACGAAGGCAUCCAGAAUUGAGAAAAAACAGCAUAGAGAAUUUUUCCAAAGAUAAAGAUAGUAUUUUUAAAUUGCGAAACUUAUCUCGAAGAACUCCUAAAAAACAUGGACUACAUUUCUCUCAGGAAAAUGCAGAGAAAAUGAACUGUGAAAUAAUCGAUGAAGAUCAAGAAAAUUUAGCAGAUAACAGAGAAAUAAGCCAGAAAGAUGUUGAAGAAGUUUGGAGAUAUGUUAUUCUGAUCUACCUGCAAACCAUUCUAGGUGUAUCCUCCCUAGAAGAAGUCAUAAAUCCCAAACAAGUUAUGCCUCAGUAUAUAAUGUACAACAUGACCAAUACAAGUAAACAUGGAGUAGUUAUACUGCAAGACAAAUCAGAUGAUCUUCCUCACUGGGUGCUAUCUGCCAUGAAGUGCCUAGCAAAUUGGCCAAGAAGUAAUGACAUGAAUAAUCCAACUUAUAUUGGAUUUGAGCGAGAUGUAUUCAGAACAAUUGCAGAUUAUUUUCUAGAUCUCCCUGAACCUCUACUUACCUUUGAAUAUUAUGAAUUAUUUGUGAACAUUUUGGGUUUGCUGCAACCUCAUUUAGAGAGGGUUGCCGUCGAUGCACUGCAGUUAUGUUGUUUGUUACUUCCCCCACCAAAUCGUAGAAAGCUUCAACUUUUAAUGCGCAUGAUUUCUCGAAUGAGUCAAAAUGUUGACAUGCCCCAACUUCAUGAUGCAAUGGGUACAAGAUCACUGAUGAUACACACUUUUUCUCGGAGUGUAUUACGCUGUGCUGAAGAAGUAGAUCUUGAUGAGCUUCUUGCUGCAAGAUUAGUAUCUUUCUUGAUGGAUCAUCAACAGGAAAUUCUUCAAGUGCCUUCUUACCUACAGGCUGCAGUAGAGAAACAUCUUGACUACUUAAGAAAGGGCCAUAUUAAAAAUCCUGGAGAUGGAGUGAUUGCUCCUUUGCCAACGUAUUCAUACUGUAAGCAGAUCAGUGCUCAGGAGUUUGAUGAGCAGAAAGUUUCUACCUCUCAAGCUGCAAUUGCAGAACUUUUAGAGAAUAUUAUUAAAAAUAAGAGUUUGCCUCUAAAGGAGAAAAGGAGAAAACUAAAACAGUUUCAGAAGGAAUAUCCCUUAAUAUAUCAGAAAAGAUUUCCAACCUCUGAAAGUGAAGCAGCACUUUUCGGUGACAAACCUACAAUCAAGCAACCAAUGCUAUUUUUAAAAAAACCAAAGUUUCGUAGUUUAAGAUACUAAUUGAAUUGAAAAUUAUGUAAUACUUCUAGAACUUUGUGGUGAUAUUUUUACCUCAUGUUUGGAAGAAUUAAAAAUAGUUCCAGAAUUUUAUAUCCUUUCAGCCUGUUACCUCUCCAACAGAUAUAACUCCCUUUGAUUUUGAAGGACUAAAUCACAGAAGCCCAAGCCUCAGAAGCUCAACAGGUCUGAAAGAUCAUGAUUUUCUUCUCAGUUAUUAUCCCCAUUCACAAGAACAAAUUUAAUAGAUUCAGUGCUUCAGCUUCUCUACACUUAUUCUUGUUCCAUCAACUGUUUGUUGAGUAUCCACAAUGUGCAGAAACUGUUCUAUUGGUGAAUGAAAUAAAGUCUCUGCUUUGGGGUAUGUUAAA